UGUGAGAGAGAGAGAGAGAGAGAGAGAGAGAGAGAGAGAGAGUCAGUGAGGACAGAUGAUCCAGAGUCUCGGUCCGACACACACCGACAUGUCCGCGCUGCUGCUGCUGCUGCUCGGCCUGCUGUCCCUCAUCAUCUGCGUCCUCCGGGCCCGGAAGAGGAGAGACGACGAGCCUCCGCUGAUUAACGGCUGGAUUCCUUUCCUUGGGAAGGCUCUGGAGUUUGGAAGAGAUGCCUACACCUUUCUUGAAGAGCAGAAGAAGAAGUUUGGAGACAUCUUUACCGUUCACAUAGCAGGUAAAUACAUGACCUUCAUCAUGGAUCCUUUAUUGUAUCCAAGCAUCAUCAAACAGGGCCGCCAGCUGGACUUCCAUCAGUUCUCGGACAAGGUGGCGCCCAUCGUGUUCGGCUACCCGCCCGUCAUGAACAGGAAGUCACCCGGCCUGCACGAUGAGAUCAUCCGCUCCUUCCAGCUCCUCCAGGGAGACAACCUCACCUCCCUGACAGAGAGCAUGAUGGGUAACCUGAUGCUGGUGUUUCGUCAGGACCACCUGAGCGAGCAGCCGGGGGAGGAGGGCGGCUGGAGGAGCGGCAGCAUGUAUGACUUCUGUAACUCGGUCAUGUUCGAGUCCACCUUCCUCACCCUCUAUGGCAAGCCGUCGUCCGCCAGCCGCCACAGCGAGAUGGUGGUGAUGAGGGAGAACUUUGUCAGGUUUGACUCCAUGUUCCCGCUUCUCGUCGCCGAGGUUCCCAUCUGGCUGCUGAGGCGGACCAAGGCCAUCCGUGAAAAGCUGAUCAACUACUUCCUGCCUCACAGGAUGUCGUGCUGGUUGAACACGUCGCACUUCAUCAGGAGACGGUUGGAGCUUUUGGACCAGUACGACACGCUGAGGGACGUCGAUAAAGCAGCUCAUCACUUCGCCAUCCUCUGGGCAUCAGUGGGGAACACGGUCCCCGCCUCCUUCUGGGCCAUGUAUUACCUGGUGAGUCACCCUGAGGCGCUGGAGGUCGUCCGGCAGGAGAUCCACGACGUCCUGAAGCUCAGCAGAGUCGAGUUCAGCAGUGACCAAGAUGUGAUGUUCAGCAGAGAACAGCUGGACAAGUUAGUGCAUCUGGAGAGCUCCAUCAACGAGAGCCUCCGUCUGUCCUCGGCCUCCAUGAACAUCCGUGUUGCUCAGGAGGACUUCAGUCUGCGGCUGGACAGCGAGCGCUCAGCGGCCGUCAGGAAAGGAGACAUCAUCGUCCUCUACCCUCAGAGUCUGCACAUGGACCCCGACAUCUACGACCAGCCGCAGACGUUCCGGUUCGACCGUUACAUCCAGGACGGCAGAGAGAAGACGGACUUCUACAAGGACGGCCAGAGGCUGAGGUAUUACCGCAUGCCGUUCGGCUCCGGCUCCUCCAUGUGUCCCGGACGAUACUUUGCUGUGAACGAGAUCAAACAGUUCCUGUGUCUGCUGCUGCUCUACUUCGACCUGCAGCUGGUGGAGGGUCAGACCAGAGUCACUGUGGACUGUGGCAGAGCCGGACUGGGAAUCCUCCUGCCCUCCACAGACGUACGCUUCCGCUACAGACUGCGUACAGUCUGACCUGGGCAGGUGUGUCAGUGAUGAUGCUGUGUGUGUGUUACUGGUUUGACAAGCAGUCAAAUGAGAGAUUAAAGAGCCCAAAUAUCUUUUUUAUGAUACCAAUCUGUGAAAUGAUAAUGUGAAAGUGUUUCUUCAUUUGAGCCACCUGAACUUCAACUUGACCCAUCCUGACAUUUACUGUACAAAUAACACACAACGUUCAUCAACACAAUGAAACCGCUGUUGAAAACUCUAAUGAUUUCCUAAGUGAUCAGCUUCAUGUGGCCCAAACCCCCGUCAUGUCUUUAUUUCCACUCAGGAUCAGCUCAUCAUCUGAUGUACUGACAGGCUCACAGCAGUCAGACCAGUCCAGUCAUCGCUGUAAUCAGCCACCAAAGUAAAAGUGAUUUUCUGGGGGAUUUUCUUUCUUUUGUGGCAACAAGUUCCUGGUAAUUCAAACCAUGAAUGUCCAGGAAGUGGAAGAUGUGGGCGUUAGUCACUUCACUGAAUUAUAGAAUCAUCGGUCAUGUAAUUGGUGGAAGAACGCUGAAGCCUUUUGUACUUUAUAGAGCACCUUAUUUACUGUGUCGUCUGAUUCUUUUCACUGUACAACAGUUUCUCUGACAGAGAGGAAGCAGGUAGCACUGAAUUAGUAAAGAUCUACUGUAAACACGAUGUUCACUACAAUGUUUAAAUGUCUUUUUUUAAUCCUUUGUUCACUUGACACUAAGAUUAAAGGAACAGUCAAACAUUUCAUUAAAUUCUGUCCACAGUCAGGGGAUUCAGGUGGACAUUGACAUGUUUAGCCUAGCUUAGCACAAUGACUGGAAGCAGGAGAAACUAUUAACCGAGCUCCAUCAAAGGAGAGAAUACCAAAUCCAAAUAAUUUCUCAGCAUGUUAUUUCUUUAUGGCUUUAUAAAAGAGGGACUAAACAAACUGCUAGCUAAGAACAGAACUGAGUUCAGACACAAACAGACAGUUAACCAGCUCAUUUAAGAUUAGCAUAAUGUUAUAACAGGUUAGAUCAGGAUGCAAACUAGAUCACCUGCCUGAAACAGCACUUAGCAGAAACCUAAUCUCAUGAUUCAAAGUGUUAGCUUUAGCAAAAGCUAGCACUAAAACUGCACCCACGUUCUUGCUGCUCCAUGUGUGAUUUACUCGUCAGUUACUGAACAGCUGAAUGAACUGUAGCGAGGAGACACUGCAGGUUUAGCAGCAGUUAGCUUUGAGCUAAAUUAGAAGAUCUGGUAGCUGAAGUCUUCAUCUCUAACAUCAGCACGGUUGUUGGUUUGAGCUCAGUCUGAACUGUCAGAAGCAGCUGACGGCAGCACGACCGCUGCCUUCAGAGGACGAGAAACAACAGAAUAUGUUAGUGACACUGUUCACAGGUAACAGUGUUCCUUCAGUGUCCUGUGACUGAAACUAAGUGAAUAUCCAGCAAAGAUGGCAGCUGUGAAGAAUAAUAUGCAGAUGAUGCAAAGAAUGUUUUUUAGUUUUAUAAAGUUUUUAAUUGUGCUUGAAAUGAUGUUUUCAUGUGAGUCACCUUCAAUAGCUAUCUGCUGUCAGCAUCAUGAAUAAUAAACGCCUUUGUACUCUGA